AUGCCCAAAGUGCAGAAGCUUCACGAUGCGUGCCGAGCCGCUUUUGUUGGCUCGCAACUACCCGACGCACAAGCGUUACAACGGGUCCGGACCAUUCUAGACGCGAUCCGCCCGGCGGACGUAGGGCUAGAGGCCAUGGCGGCGGGGGCGGCAGGGGCGGAGGGCUCCCCUGUCAGAGCGGCACCCGGGGCGAAAGGGGGAGGCGGGCGGGGGGGGAAAGGGGGGGCGCGCGGGCAGGAUAGCCGGAGACCAGGGCCAGCGCCGGCGGCGGCGGCGGCGGCGGCGGUGGUGGCUUCGGGGGGAAAGCAGGCGCGGUGGUCUCCCGCCAUCACGUACCUGCACGUCUACGAGUGUGAGGACUUCUCGAUCGGCAUAUUCUGCUUGCCGGCGUCGGCGCGCAUACCGCUGCACAACCACCCGGGUAUGACGGUGCUGUCGAAGCUGCUGUACGGCUCCAUGCACAUCCGCUCCUUCGACUGGGUGCGCCCCAUCGAUGACGCCGCCUCCUCCGCCGCCCUCGCCACCGCUGCUGCUGCUGCGUCUGCUGCCGCUGCUGCUGCUGCCACGUCUGCUUCUGCGACGCCUGAUGUUCACCACCUCGCAGCCACCCUCCCUCUCACUGCCACCGCUACCACAUUCCAUCCCACCACGUUCAAUCUCCUCCUCCAAUCUCUACCCCCAUGUCUCCGCCCAUCUCUCCGCCAUCCUUUCCCCAUCCCUCCCCCCCUCUUCCCCCCCCCAACCCUUCCCCCCUCCCAUCCCUCCUCUCAUCCCUCCCGUUGUCUUCCCCCAACCCCUCCCAAUCUCCCCGACCCACCCCACACCAUCCUCCCCACAAUCCCUCCCCCAUCCCCCCCUUUUCCCCAGAGGCGGACGGCCAGUGCGGUGCGGCUCGCGGAGGAGCUGGUGGAGGACCAGGUGCUGGAGGGUGUUUGUGAGAAUCCUCAAAAACACCCCGAUGGAGGACCAGUGCGGCGGCUAGCAGAGCUGGUGGAGGACGACAGCGCUGUGUGCCACCACGCAGGUGCUGCACUGCACCCCACGUGUUCGGAGUUGGUGGAGGACCAGGUGCUGACAGCGCCGUGUGCCACGGAGGUGCUGCACCCCACGUGCGGGGGCAACCUGCACGCCUUCACUGCUGUCACGCCCUGCGCCCUCCUCGUGUGCACCACGUUACUCAUUAUGUUGGUGUCCCUCAACCUGCCAAACCACUCCCCAUCCGCUCUCUGCUCCCUCCUUUCCUUCCUUUCCCUCUGCUACCUUCCUCAACCACCCCACCCACUGCGUCUGCUGUCAGGCGCGCUCCCCCCAGGGGUGAACGGGGAGAGGGGCAAUCCGUUCUGCUGGCUGGAGGAGUUUCAGCCGUCAGAUGACUUUGUCGUGCAACGGGGACACUACCGCGGCCCCAAGGUGUGCCCUUCCUUCCUUGCCUCUUCCAAACUCUUUAUUGCUCGUUUCCCUUCCUUCCCGCCUCUUCUGCCCUCUUCUUACCUCUUCACCCCGCAUCUCCCCUCCCCGCUUCUCCGCUAA